AUGGGUACGUUUGGGGGUGGCGGAUAUGUGAACGUGGCUGUUAUCGAAACCGGCGCCACAACAGGUGGGUUGGCGAGUCUCCGCCUUAUCUCCAUUUAUGCGGCCCUUGUCCGCUCAAAUGGCCGGCUCAAGGGCGCCCCCAAGAUCCUCUUUGACAUUGCCCAGGGCCCCUCCGAGAGCGGUAAGAAGCGCGCCUACACCUGGCCCAUGAUGGCCAUGCACCUUUCCGUCUGUCCCAACAUUGUCCUCAAGAUCACUGUUGGCAACCGCAACCGCUCCCAGGUCACCGCCCGAAGGCCGCCUUCAUUUGUGCCAUCCGGGCGAGGCCCUCCAGUACAGCACACAGGGCACUUGUUGCACGAGCUCAACUCGCGACUGGCCUCCGCGGCAGAGAUCAACCCGGACGACCUGGAGAUGUUCAUGUACCUGCCCGUGCUGCUGCUGAACAACCAGAACCCGCGGCCGAUCCAACAGGCGGUGAUGACCGUCCUGCGCGCCUACCACCAGCCAAGCAGCGCCCCCACCCGCCCUCCCGGCAACCCCUCCUGCACCUUGAUCCCCUGGCCUCGAGCUCCCCCUUGGCCUCAGACAGACCCGCGCCAUAUCAAGUAA